AUGAAAAGCACCGCUAUGGACCGGUCGUUCGUCGAGUUGCUGGAGAGCCCCCAGCGGUUCCAUUACAAGGAGCUUUGGCUUCAAGAGACGGAUCCUCUGCGACGCAAAGUGCUGGAGCUCUUCGCCUUCGGAACAGUACAGCACAUACAGGAAGAUAUCCCGAUGACUGCCGGAAUGCUGCGCAAACUGCAGCAGCUCUCGAUCAUAUCGCUAAGCGAACGCCUUCGAGAGCUUCCCUACGGUCUAAUCGAGCAGGAGUGCGGGAUCCGGGACACCGGCACCAUCGAGGAGUCUCUGAUACGGCUGCGAGCGGUCUUCGAGGUGCGACUGGACUCGCCAGCGCAGCUGGCGACCAUCGAGCGCUGGUUCGACUGCCGAGACGUGUAUGGCGGCGAACGAGAGCUGCUUAUCGUGCCGCCACCUCCGACUACCAGAGAGUCGCUGAUCCAGGACCUGCAACGCUGGCACCGAAAGCUACACACAGACAUCCUGGGACGCCAGCCGCCCUCCUGA